AUGGUAUGGCCGCGUUCUCUACGAAAACUGGAGUUUGGGAAAUGUUUCACACUGCGCUCGAGCGCAUUCAAGUGGCCGUUUUCUCUGCAACAGCUUUCGAUUUGGUGUUAUUUCGACCAGCCCAUUACCAGAGUCAGAUGGCCGACCUCUCUGCAGCGGCUAUCGUUCGAAAAAAGGUUCAACCAGCCUAUCGCCGGAGUCGAGUGGCCGACCUCUCUGCAGCUGCUAUCGUUCGGUGAAAGGUUCAACCGACCAAUCGCCGAAGUCGAGUGGUCGGCCUCCCUGCGGCACCUGUCGUUCGGAAAAAGAUUCAACCAGCCGAUCGCCGAAGUCCAGUGGCCGGGCCCCCUGGGAUGCUUAUCGUUCGGGGAAAUGUUCAACCAGCCGAUCAUCGAAGUGGUAUGGCCGGCGUCCCUACGUCAGUUGUCAUUCGGACGUCAGUUCAGCCAGCCGAUUGCGGGGGCCUAG